GCGGUGGUGCUUCUAAGCUUGGAGAGAGAGGGGGGAGAGGCAGGCAAAGGAGAAGGAAAACAUCAGAAGAGGCGUAACGAGAACGAUAUUGUGCGUUUAUGUCUGUUUGUCAUCACUGGACUGGUCCCCCAUUCUGAACAUUCAAACCGUCAACGGUACCAGUGACUUCAAUUCGGCCUAUCCUGCCCAAUAGCGGGUUGUCUCAUGCGGUCUAGUUUGGAGGGAAAGAAGCGAGAAGGAUGAUCACGACUCAGAAGCACUGGAGAUCAUAGAGUAUCCCCUAAACCUUUCACACCACCUGCUAGGUCCGGAGCUCUGGUCUGACACACCCCUGGACCUGCCCCGGUCACACCCACCCACACCCCUGUAGAACGGCGUCUGAAACCCCUCACUUCUUCAAACCUCUGCCCACUGGAAUAAAUGAGUGGACCUGCUGGAGAGGAUAGGGCUGGGAUAUAUACCAGAACCUACACAGAAUGUCCUGGUUCAGCGGCUUCCUAGUGGCCAGAGUCGACGACCGCAAGACCGCGUGGGGGGAGCGCAAUGGCAAGAAGUCCAAGCAGAAGGGAGGCUCAUCCCUCUGCAACCCGCGUUACAUGAGCUGCCUGAGGGACCCGGACGCCAUGGAGCCCCCCUCUGGAGCCCCCCUCAACCCCCACCACUGCGGAGGGGGGGCCGGGGCGGCGGGCGGGGGGGGCAACUUCGGUGUGCGCUGCAUCUGGCAAGAAGACCACUACGGCAAAGGCGGCAUCACCGGUGAAGGGGUGGGGCUCAAAUCUGUCGACUUGGGCUUUGAGGACGGGGACCUGAAGGGGAGGAAUGGGGGGGUGGGCGGGGAGGCGGGUGACGAGGGCCUCAAUGGGGGAGAGGUGGUGACAGCGGCAGACUGCUGGCUGCGGGUGGUGCGGGUGUUCCAGUCCAAGAAGUUCCAGUCUCAUAAGCUGGAGCUUCUGUACCAGCGCUACUUCUUCAGGCUCAACCAGAGCUCCCUCACCAUGCUGAUGGGGGUGCUAGUGAUCGUGUGUGGCGUGAUGCUGACCUUCCACUGUGUCCACGCGACCCCGGACGUGGCCUACUCCUCGGCCCUCUCCGUGGCCAUGGCCCUGUUCAUGGCCCUCAUGGUUGUGUGUAACCGGAACGGCUUCCACCAGGACUACAUGUGGAUGGUGAGCUACCUGGUUAUCGGGGUCCUGUUGCUGAUGCAGGUGUUCGGCGUGCUGAUGGUGGCGCCUCGCAGCGCAUCUGAGGGCAUCUGGUGGUCUGUGUUCUUCAUUUACAUCAUCUACACGCUGCUGCCUGUCAGGAUGAGAGCAGCCGUGCUGAGCGGAGGGGUGCUCUCCACCAUUCACCUGGUCACCACCUGGCAGUUCAACCACGAAGACGUGUUCCUCUGGAAACAGCUGAACGCCAAUGUGCUGAUCUUCCUGUGCACUAACAUCAUUGGGAUAUGUACCCACUACCCUGCCGAGGUGUCUCAGAGACAGGCUUUCCAGGAGACCAGAGGAUACAUUCAGGCCAGACUGCACCUGCAGAGAGAGAACCAGCAGCAGGAGCGCCUGUUGCUGUCUGUGUUGCCAAGGCAUGUUGCCAUGGAGAUGAAGGCCGACAUCAACGCUAAAAAGGAAGACAUGAUGUUCCAUAAGAUCUACAUCCAGAAACAUGACAACGUCAGUAUUCUGUUUGCAGACAUUGAGGGCUUCACCAGCUUGGCAUCUCAGUGUACGGCUCAGGAGUUGGUCAUGACACUCAACGAGCUCUUCGCCCGCUUCGACAAACUAGCAUCGGAGAACCACUGUCUGCGUAUUAAGAUCCUGGGCGACUGUUACUACUGUGUGUCUGGGCUUCCUGAGCCCCGCGCUGACCACGCCCACUGCUGUGUGGAGAUGGGCGUCGACAUGAUAGAGGCCAUCUCGCUGGUGCGAGAGGUGACAGGGGUCAACGUGAACAUGCGUGUGGGUAUCCACAGUGGCCGUGUGCACUGUGGGGUGCUGGGACUCAGGAAGUGGCAGUUUGACGUGUGGUCCAAUGAUGUCACACUAGCCAACCAUAUGGAGGCUGGGGGCAAGGCAGGGAGGAUCCACAUCACCAAGGCCACUCUGCAGUAUCUGAAUGGGGAUUAUGAGGUGGAGCCUGGGUUCGGGGGGGAGAGGAACGCUUACCUGAAGGAGAACAGCAUCGAGACCUUCCUGGUGCUGGGCUGCAGCCAGAAAAGGAAAGACGAGAAGGACAUGAUGGCCAAGAUGCAGAGGACGCGGUCCAACUCCAACGAGGGCCUGAUGCCUCCCUGGGUGCCCGACACAAGGUUCUCCAGGACCAAGGACUCCAAAGUCUUCAGACAGAUGGGGAUUGAUGAGUCAUCUAGCAAAGACAACCGUGGUGCCCAGGAGGCAAUGAACCCCGAGGAUGAGGUGGAUGAGUUUCUGGGGCGAGCCAUCGACGCCCGCAGCAUCGACCAGCUGAGGAAGGACCACGUCAAGAAGUUCCUGCUCACCUUCCAGACGUCCAGCUUGGAAAAAAAGUAUUCGAAGAAGGUGGACGAUCGCUUCGGGGGUUACGUAGCUUGUACUCUCCUGGUCUUCUGUUUCAUCUCCUUCAUCCAGAUUGUCAUAUUUCCACACACCCCGGUCAUGCUAGGGAUCUACAUCAGUAUCUUCAUCAUCCUCGCCAACAUCCUCUUCAUCUGUGCCAUAUAUUCCUGCGUUAAGCUGUUUCCAGCUGCGAUGCAGACGGUGUCAAAGAAGAUAGUCCAGUCUCGUACCAACAGCACUCUGGUGGGGGUGUUCACCAUCAUCCUCGUCUUCAUCUCUGCCUUUGUCAACAUGUUUGCCUGUGACACAGAGAGCUUGGUGGUCUGUAUCUCCCGGGAGCUGAACAUCUCUGUUGCCAUGGUGACGCCAUGUCUCAUCCGCAACCUGUCUGUGUCUGUAGACGGGGGUCUAGAGAUCUGUCCCAGCCAGGGCCCCUCAUGCCCCUUCCCAGAGUAUUUCAGCUACAGUGUGCUGCUGACCCUGCUGGCGUGUUCAGUGUUCCUCCAGAUCAGCAGUAUAGGCAAGCUGGCCCUCAUGCUGCUCAUCCAGCUCACCUUCCUGCUGCUGGUGGAGUGGCCACAGGUGGCGCUGUUCGACAACGCUGACCUCUUCGUCACCUCCAAUGCCCUUGAUUUCAAUGAAACUAUUCAAUGGUCCAGUUUCAAUGAAACUACAGACGAGUGCCCGUUCAGUGAGACCAAAGUUUCCCUGAGGGUCAUGACUCCUGUGAUUCUCACUGUGUUUGUGCUGGCGCUCUACCUCCACGCCCAGCAGGUGGAGUCCACGUCACGCCUCGACUUCCUCUGGAAACUACAGGCCACAGAAGAGAAGGAGGAGAUGGAGGAGCUGCAGGCGUACAACCGCCGCCUCCUCCACAACAUCCUGCCCAAGGACGUGGCCGCUCACUUCCUGGCGCGGGAGCGGAGGAACGACGAGCUCUACUACCAGUCCUGUGAGUGUGUGGCCGUCAUGUUCGCCUCCAUCUCCAACUUCUCUGAGUUCUACGUGGAGCUGGAGGCCAACAACGAGGGAGUGGAGUGCCUCCGGCUGCUCAAUGAGAUCAUCGCCGACUUUGACGAGAUCAUCAGUGAGGAGAGGUUCCGUCAGCUGGAGAAGAUCAAGACCAUCGGCAGCACCUACAUGGCCGCCUCGGGUCUCAAUGACUCCACCUACGACCGCGAGGGCCGCUCCCACAUCACGGCUCUGGCCGACUACGCCAUGAGACUGAGGGAGCAGAUGAAGUACAUCAACGAGCAUUCCUUCAACAACUUCCAGAUGAAGAUAGGUCUGAACAUUGGGCCAGUGGUGGCAGGGGUGAUUGGAGCACGGAAGCCACAGUACGAUAUCUGGGGGAACACGGUCAACGUGGCCAGUCGCAUGGACAGCACAGGAGUCCCCGACCGCAUUCAGGUGACCACGGACCUCCACCAGGUGCUUUCAGAUAUCGGAUACGUUCUGGAGUGUCGUGGGGUCGUUAAGGUCAAGGGGAAAGGGGAAAUGACGACCUACUUCCUGAAUGAUGGACCGCCCAAUAGUUAGCAGCCGUGGCAGCGCUAGCCGGGACCAUUCCCACUGCAAGGACACAGCAGCACUCGAGGGAGGACUGGCACCGCGAGCUAGCGGCUAACAACUAGCGACGCCAUCACUUGAAACCCGAGCAAAGAGAAAAGACUAUGAGACUCCAGGACUUGAGAAGGAAAGUGUUCUUGUGUGGCAGCCAUGUUUUGUUAGGAUGAGUGUUUUUCUCAUGUCUAGCCUCUCUCUCAGAGGCUACAUGAAAGUUGCAAAGUUUGUCUAUUUAAAACAAUGCCUUUAGCCUGUGUCAAAUGAAGGAAAAAGCUGUACAUAAGGCUACUUUUUUUAUUUUCUUCAUUAUGUGUGAUUUUUUUUCAGUCAUUUUUUAUUUCGGGAUAAUUAUGAAACAGGUACUCAUGUUUUAUUUCUGGGUUACUUAUUUAUUUUAAUCUUGAUGUUUUGUGCAAAAAGUCCUUUAUGAAAAAGUGCGAAUACAUAUGUGCACAAAUAUCCAGUUUAUUACAGGUGUGUAUGUACAUGCAUAUUUGUGUGUGUAUAAUUGAGAAGGAAUAAUUGACCAAAGACCAAAGUAUUUACAAAAAACAAGGCAAGACUUGUCUGUUAUGUUCUCGCGGAAGUCUGCCAUUAUCACUAACUCAAUCUGUUGCACGGCAAUAUCCUCAGUCUUUGUACUUCAGUGCCAAAGGCUAUUUCUCAGUAUGGGCAAAAUGUGUAACAACUUUAAUUUUGAGGUCAAGCACAGUUUAUCAUCGAUGACAUCUGUAGAAUUACUCUGCCUCGUCUCUAAAACAUGUAAUUCAAUAGUAAAUAGUGGCUUGGAAGCCUUUAAGUCCGGGGGAGGUUCAACAAAAUGAGAGGAAAUGGCAGUUCCACCCAGGAUGAUGGUCCCCCUCCUCCUAAACCCUUGUCAGAUUGGUUCCCCGCUCCAUGGCUCAGUCCAGCUAUAACAGCUCAGAGCUUGAGCAUCCAAGGCACAGCUGUAUACGUCAUGGCCAUAAAGGCAUAUACGGUCAACUGCGCCGUCCCUUUCAAUGAGGUAUGUUUUCUGUGCAAAUGGAAAUGAAAGGACUCAAAACUAAAAAAGAUGCCCCAGAACCAUUGAGGGGAAAACCUGGGCAUUAGAUGCACUGGUGCAUAUAUACAAUGCAUUCAGAAACUAUUCGGACUCCUUCACUUUUCCCACAUUUUGUUACAUUACAGCCUUAUUUUAAAAUGUAUUAAAUACAUAAAAAUCCUCAUCAAUCUACACACAAUCCCCCAUAAUGGCAAAUUUUCGUAAUUAGAAAAAACAGAAAUAGCUUAUUUACAUAAGUAUUCAGACCCUUUGCUAUGGACUCAAACUUGAUUGGAAUCCACCUGUUUUAGAGCGGCAGGGACUGGGAGACUAGUCAGGAUCGAGGGAAAGAUGAACGGAGCAAAGUACAGAGAGAUCCUUGAUUGAAAACCUGCUCCAGAGUGCUAAGGACUUCAGACUGGGGCGAAGGUUCACCUUCCAACAGGACAACGACCCUAAGAACACAGUCAAGACAAUGCAGGAGUGGCUUCGGGACAAGUCUCUGAAUGUUCUUGAGUGGCCCAGCCAGAGCCCGGACUUGAACCCGAUUAAACAUCUCUGGAGAGACCUGAAAAUAGCUGUGCAGUGACGCUCCCCAUCCAACCUGACAGAGCUUGAGAGGAUCUGCAGAGAAGAAUGGGAGAAACUCCUCAAAUACAGGUGUGCCAAGCUUGUAGCGUCAUACCAAAGAAGACUCAAGGAUGUAAUUGCUGCCAAAGGUGCUUCAACAAAGUACUGAGUAAAGGGUCUGAAUAUUUAUGUGAAUAUUGUAAUACAUUUAAAAAAUAUAUAUAAAACCUGUAUGUGCUUUGUCAUUAUGGGGUAUUGUGUGUAGAUUGACAAGGAAAAUAAUGAUUACUGUGCUUUGUCAUCUUGAAGGCCCAUAACUAUUUUCACUGUGAGGUUUUAAUAAUGGGACAAACUGCUUUCUUGCCAAACUUAACUUCUCUAAAGCAUGUCUGAUUGCAUUAUCCCCUUUUCAUUUUUCAUUCUGUUUUAACGUCGGGUAUCUUGUAUCACCUCUGUAUUCAUCAUUUGCGUUAUUCUUAUGGCUGUUAUUAUUAUGAUUAGAAUUAUGAUUCAUUAUUAUGCUCAUUAUGAUAUUUCCAUUCCAACGAUAAGGAUCAAAGAGCAGAACGCUUUCUUUUAAAAUGCCAGACGUAAAGCUCAAGCUCAUUGGUACCAACUGAUCAACUGCAGCCAACUCACUCAGCGCUGUUCCCUCACCACCCUACAGUAUUCAAACACUGGCUCUAGACCUUCUGACACAUACCCAUUAGCUGUCGCUUUUGCAUCAAACCCCAAGUGGUGCAUAUUCCCCAAUCGCGAAGGACUGAAGUGUUUACACGCAGAUAAACUAAUUAUACACUGUACCUUUUUAUUGCGCAAACACUACUUCAAGACUCAACUCAGUCAGGUAGAGAGCUGAUCCCCUUCCUAUCGGACUUCAGGCCAGAGAGACGGGACACAAUCAGCAGUGUGAGCAGUAUUUCCUACUUGAACUCUAGCUUAAUUGAACAAGCCACUGGAGAAUACAGUGUGAGCAGGAACUGUGCCUGAUUGCCACAUCUGAGUUUCACAGUAUGUUAUACAUAGAGAGGGAAGGGUAGAGAGAGAGAGCCUGUGAAAGCUCAUCUAAAUCAUUUAUUGACCUUAGCAUUUAACACUGAGUUCAUUUUGACUUUACGUUUCCCCAUAACAUCCUCAAAACACCCCAGUCAUCGUUCCUCUCUCUACCAUACUUAACUAUGGCAACUACAGUAACAGUUGAUCAUGUUCGUACCAGAGCAAGCUAAUACUGCCUCAUGCUAUUGGUCCCUCCCAGUGCAGUGAUAUUUGGCCUUGAGCGUGUGGGACCGCCAAGCAACAGUAAAGGUCAUGGGAUCGAUAAAUGACAUAGGUGACCAACUAAGAGUGAUUCACGUAGAAAUAAAAUACAUAGAAUGGAUGUGGUAAGUAAGAUGAUGCACGUUGUGUCCAUUCUAUUUCUAUGGGCUGUCCUGUCUUUGGGUUGGGUGGAGGUUGAUUGUUGACUCUUGGGAUGUUUUUAGGGGACAGGGGAGGAAGAGGGUUGUCCCAGUGCUACUGAAACAGUGUUUUGUCCAGGCCUAAUGAACCCUUUUCGAACCCUUUCCUUUUUGUUAGUUUGUUUUCUACCCCUGAGUUGAAGGACAAGAGUUGGGGACUUUGACAAAGAGAAAAAUAACAUUUCCCCUUGAAUAAAAAAACAUCUAAAAUCAA